AGUAAACAAUGGCCAAAACCAGGGGAAAAGGACAGAAACAAAACAAUGUAUUUCAUGUUGCAAACAGUAAAAGUGUGAAAGCCAAAAACAAAGCCAAAGCAGUCAAAUCCUCACUGAAGAAGAUCACUGUUUAUAACAAAGACAAAGUGAGCAAAGUAAACAAAGCUUUCACAGAACUGCACAAAGAUGUGGCACAGUUGAAAAAGACGACUGCAUCAAAACCAAAGCCAAGCCAGAUUUCCAAGCCAACGCCAGAAGCCCCUGCAGAUGUGGACAAUGCAGCAGAUCUAUUAUCACAGCUAUAGACUAUAUUCAAUAAAAACAGUUACAAU